CCCACGGGCCCCUCCCCCGCCAGUCCACUAGCGCUGCCCAAAAACUAUGAAACCGAAUCCGAGCAGCAGGUCAUUGAGCUUAGUUAUUUUAAAACCAACACUCAACUACCUCGACAGGACCAUGGAAGUAAAGCGGAACGGGCAGUUGGUUAUUAUUGAAAUAAUCGGCGCCUUGAGAAAUACAGAGUAAAAUUAGGGAGCGGCGAGAUGCUGCUUUAAUGUUUAUAGUUGUUGGGCUGCUCGUGCGUCUCCAAUGUCUCUGCCCGUAGUUCUGCCUGGAUCUUGUUGUCGUUUAUCGGGGGCUGCUUUGGCCCAUCAGUUCGCAGACGCCUCGUACAGAAGCCGCAGCCGCCGUGUGUCCGCUCUUCCGUCCCGUAUGUCUGGAUCUCAGACGCGGCUCAUCCCGGCGCUGCUGCCCGCUCGCCCGCUGCUCUCCCUCGGCUUGCUGCAGCUGGUUCUCGGCUGCUCCAUGGUGGCGCUCUCUUUCGAAGCUCUGUCCCUUAGCAACUCUCCCCCUAUUAGAAACUCCUGUCCGUUCUGGGCCGGAUCUUCAGUCAUCCUAUCUGGGCUUAUAGGACUAACCACAUGGAAACGGCCAAUGCUUCUGCUGGUAAAUCUGUUUGUGUUGCUGUCAGUGGUCUGUAUCCUGCUAAACCUGGCAGGCUUCAUCCUCUGCUGUCAGGGGGCUCAGCUGGUCUCCAGUACCAUUAACUGCCAGCUGAACAAGCUGGGGGAUCUCUGUCACUGUUGUUCAGAGAUUCCAAGCACUCCGUGCCAAGAGGACAAGCUGAUUGAGAUCUAUGCAGGUCAUGCAUGUGGCACAAUGAGAAUUCUGCUCAAGAAAGUGCUCUUUGCAUUGUGUGCGCUCAGUGCUUUGGCCACAGCUGUGUGUCUGGUUGCUGCUGCACUCAGAUAUCUCCAGAUCUUCUCAACCAGACGACCCUGCAUGGUCAGAAAUCAUAUCAUGGAAAAUAUGGAAGAGGCCAGGCCGGUUCCAGAGGAAGUGGAGGGGCAGACUCCUCUUCCUGACCCUGACGAAUUUGUCGCUCCUGCACCUCCUCCGUCUUACUUCUCCACCUUCUACUCUCACACCCCACGCUUGGCUCGCAGGAUGUUUGGUGAUGGUAUGAUUCCUCUUCCUCAUAUAUAUGGUGCCAGAAUGAAAGGAGUGGAGGUCUUCUGUCCUCUAGACCCUCCUCCACCUUAUGAAGCCGUUGCUUCACAGCCAGCAGCACAGGCCCAGAGUAGUGAGGUGCAAAUGAGCGAUCUGACUGAGGUCCUGACAGAGAGCGCAGAGGCUGAGACGCCCAGCGAUGACAGGUGCCGUCAGAUGGCCAUAUUGAGCCCCACACCCCCGACACAGUCCAGACAGCCUCACAGCGCAGUCUCCUCCAGCAGGAAACCGCACAAACCUGGCCUCCGCAGGUCCAACAGUGACCCCGUCCUGCUAGACCCGACCGCCAAAGAGGACAUACAGUAUGUGCUGCUUCUGUAUGUUUUUGUAGCCCACAGGCAGAUUGUCUUGUUUUACGCCUAAAUCUACUUAAAAUAAAUGUUUUUAUCUGUGUGUGUCCAGAGAAGAGGACUGGGACUGAUACUGAUAGUAAAUCUAGAGAAACUAUACCUGUCAGUGGUUACUUGAAGCCCAUU